ACUUUGUUCAACAGCUCUUGAUCUAUUCUACCGUGAAUGGAAGAAGAAAAAAACCUAGCUUGAAAUUUCUUUUUCGUGAUAGCAAAGACUAAUGUUUAAUGUUUCGUCGGUGGUUUGGUAACCAAACUUUGGUUUGAGUUUAUUUCGAAUAAACUUAAAAACACAGUGAAGUUUCGGCGCGCCCCCGAAUACAAUAUAACAUUCACACGUAUAAAUAAUGAACAUGUACUUUGACGCCCAGCGCUAUCGUAAACGCUACACUCUGAAGAUGUGCAAUCGCCCAUCGAGCUCCAUGUCGCGAGGUGAAUCAGAAUUAAUUUCCAAAUGCCAACGUGCAUUGGACGAUGGAACUGAUAAGGAUCCAAUUGAAAAGUUGCGUCUCUUGUGUUUGGCACGAGGUGCGUCUGGAAUUGUUGGCUUAGGUCGGGCAUUUAGACGCAUGGACGAUGAUGGCAACAAACAACUGUCACUCGAGGAAUUCACGAAAGGUCUCCGCGACACUGGCAUGGAAGUUUCUGAUGCAGAAGCUGAGGAUAUUUUUAAGCGUUUCGACGCGGAUGGAAGUGGUUCAAUCAAUAUGUCGGAGUUUUUAAUUCAGAUAAGGCCUCCAAUGUCUGAAAGUAGACUUCACAUCAUUGGUGAAGCAUUCAAAAAAUUGGACAAGACCGGCGACGGACAUAUCACCAUCGACGAUCUGAAAAAUGUCUACUCGGUGCUACAUCAUCCGCAGUAUACGAGUGGUGAACAAACGGAGGAGCAAAUUUUAAAUCGAUUUUUGGCAAACUUCGAGGUAGGCGGCGUCAUCGAUGGCCGCGUAACAGAAGAAGAGUUUUACAACUAUUAUGCUGGCGUCUCUGCAUCGAUUGAUAACGAUGGAUAUUUUGACCUACUGAUGAGACAGACAUAUAAAUUGUAAACAUGAAGUGCGUGUGAGCAACGUUCACCAAUUUGGUUGACCAUUUUUAACAGCAAACUUUUCCAGAACAAAUAAAAUCACACAAUUUUUGCACCAUAAUUAUUUUAUGUAAAAUCACGGUUUUCUCUCAAUUCAGGGAGUCUCGUCCAUCUCAAUGUAUUCCAAGGCUCUUUUUAAGUCGAUUCUGGCUGGAAGUGCCCCAAUAAAAGUCACAUUUUCAAAUAAUCAACUGUUAA